AAUCCCCACAUUUCUUUAUCCAUUCUCAGCUCAAGAACCUCUUCAAAGUAGACAAAGGGAUAUAAAAUCUCAAGGGUUUCAAACAUGUCUUCUCCCAAAACCACAACCUCAAUUGCUUUGUUCUUUUGCCUCAACCUUCUCUUCUUUUCCCUUGUCACUGCUUGUGGCUCAUGUUCUCACCCCAUAACAAGGCCAAGGCCAAGCCCCGGUUCCGGUGGUCAACCCGGUUAUGGCGGAAGUCCUGGUUCCGGUGGUAGUCCAGGCUCCGGUGGCAGUCCUGGCUCUGGUGGAAGCCCCGGUUCUGGUGGAAGCCCCGGCUCCGGUGGCAGUCCUGGUUCUGGUGGUAGUCCGGGUUCAGGUGGCAAUAAUCCAGGCACUGGAGGAGGUACUUGCCCUAGAGAUGCCGUCAAGAUAGGUGUAUGUGCUAGAGUGCUUAACCUAGUAAAUGCAACUAUUGGUACACCACCCGUUACUCCAUGUUGCACAUUAAUUCAAGGGCUAGCGGACCUUGAAGCAGCUAUUUGUCUUUGCACUGCAAUCAGAGCAAGUAUUCUAGGCCUCAACAUAAACCUCCCCAUUAAUCUUAGCUUGUUGCUUAAUGUUUGCAGCAGAAACACUCCUCGUGGAUUCCAAUGUCCCUAAAAAAGUCGUAAUGUAUGUGCUUGCAUGUUGAUUAAUGUUCUUUACUGCUCUUAUUAUGCAUGUCUUUGGUUUACAUGUUUGGCAGCUAUAAAAGUCUUAAUGUAUGUGCUUGCAUGUUUUUUCCUUGUAUUA